CUUAGAAUGACAGACCUCAUUAAUCUAUCAGCAAGAUACGUCAUCAAAACAGAUCAGUUCGGACCAGAAAGCGCGCUCGCAUCCACUCCAAACAAUGACACCCUCGUUCUAGAGUCCAUUUCAAGUGACACGACUCAGAGUCAGCUAUGGUACUUCGAAGAGACCGAACUUGACGACUACUACCGCCUGCACACCGAAGACAAGGGCGACGGCAACUCUCUCAGCACGUAUAAUUACGAAGGAAGCCAGACAACAGAUUUGCGUUUCCGCGCCGACGAAGACAUAGACGCACAGUACUGGCGACUAGACGUACAAAGCGAUGGAAAUUUCAAAGUUAGCAACAAUCGCGCCGGCCCGGGGAGUUAUCUCGAUGUCGAAGAUGGGAGCCUGAAGCCAUUUCUCGCACAAGGGAAUUUGGGCAAUGGGGAAUGGACACUUAGCAUUUUUGGCGCUGCUGCGGCUACACCCACCCCUACCGUCUCCACCUCCUCUGGUGUUACGACCACACCGGAUGCAACGCCGUCUUGUAUGUCAGAAUGCACGCCCACUACAGAAGCUGCCGCGACUGGCGGUUCCGGAUCGUCGACGCUGAGCAAAGGAGCAAUAAUAGGCAUCGCGGUCGGCGCAAGUGCAGGAGGGCUUUUGGCAAUUAUCGGAAUUGCACUUUGGCUGUGGAGACGACAAAGACGAGGGCCAUCUCGUGCGCCUAGUGUUCGAUCUAUGAGACAAGGCCACAUACUUGGUUGAGGCUAACGACAAAGAGAAAUGAGUGUGAUUAUUUAGCGUACUUCGCGGU